AUGGCUUUGAACUUGGAAGCCGGCCAAGUUGGUAUUGUCUUGUUCGGUUCCGAUGCUUUGGUUAAGGAAUCCGAGCCAGUCAAGAGAACUGGUAAGAUUGUCGACGUCCCAGUUGGUCCAGAAUUGUUGGGCCGUGUUGUCGACGGUUUGGGUAACCCAAUUGAUGGUAAGGGACCAUUGAACGCUUCUGCUACCGCCAAGGCCGAAGUUAAGGCCCCAGGUAUUUUGCCAAGAAGAUCUGUGCAUGAGCCAAUGCAAACUGGUUUGAAGUCCGUUGACGCUUUGGUGCCAAUUGGUAGAGGCCAGAGAGAGUUGAUUAUUGGUGACAGACAAACCGGUAAGACCGCUGUUGCCCUCGACACCAUCUUGAACCAAAAGAGAUGGAACGACGGUAACGACGAGAAGAAGAAGUUGUACUGUGUUUACGUCGCUGUUGGUCAAAAGAGAUCCACCGUUGCUCAAUUGGUUAAGACUUUGGAAGCCAACGACGCCUUGAAGUACUCCAUCAUUGUUGCUGCCACUGCUUCUGAGGCUGCUCCAUUGCAAUACUUGGCUCCCUUCACCGCUUGUUCUAUCGGUGAAUGGUUCAGAGACAACGGUAGACACGCUUUGAUUAUCUACGAUGAUUUGUCUAAGCAAGCUGUUGCUUACCGUCAAUUGUCUUUGUUGUUGAGACGUCCACCAGGAAGAGAAGCUUACCCAGGUGAUGUUUUCUACUUGCACUCUCGUUUGUUGGAGAGAGCCGCUAAGAUGUCUGAGGCCAACGGUGCUGGUUCUUUGACUGCUUUGCCAAUCAUUGAAACCCAAGGUGGUGAUGUCUCUGCUUACAUUCCAACCAACGUCAUUUCCAUUACCGAUGGUCAAAUUUUCUUGGAAGCUGAAUUGUUCUACAAGGGUAUUAGACCAGCUAUUAACGUCGGUUUGUCCGUUUCCCGUGUCGGUUCCGCCGCUCAGGUUAAGGCCAUGAAACAAGUUGCUGGUUCUUUGAAAUUGUUCUUGGCUCAAUACAGAGAAGUCGCUGCUUUCGCCCAAUUCGGUUCUGACUUGGACGCUUCCACCAAGCAAACCUUGGCUAGAGGUGAGAGAUUGACCCAAUUGUUGAAGCAAAAGCAAUACUCCCCAUUGGCUGCUGAGGAACAAGUCCCAGUCAUUUACGCUGGUGUUAACGGUUUCUUGGACGACAUUGAAAUUUCUAGAAUUGGUGAAUUCGAAGAGUCCUUCAUGUCUUCUUUGAAGGCCAACCAACCUGAGAUCAUUGACGCUAUCAGAAACAAGGGUGAAUUGUCCAAGGAAGAGUUGGAGUCUUUGAAGGCUGCUACUGAAUCUUUUGUUGCUUCUUUCUAA